GUUGCCUCCAUCCGUCUAUCGUGAACGUGAACGUACUGUACAAUACUCUUUUCAGUACUUUAAGCCUUGAAAAAGUAUAACUGAGCAGGGGAAGAGAGGGAGGGAAAAAGGGGAGGGAAAAAAAGAAAAGAAAAAUAGGUGUUGUCUUGAAUUGACGAACAGCGUGCCCUCUUUCCUUUAACUUUCCAGCGGUUGCUCCACUUCAACAACAACAACGACGAGGCUGCGCCCCUGCUUAAUACGGGACCUGUGGGGAAUUCUACAAAACACAGAAUGGCAUAUGACCAGGGACAGUAUCCGCCGCAGAAGGGGUAUCCGGGAGACCAUUAUGAAGGUCAAGGCCAGCAAUAUGCGCAACCGCCCGGUGGUCGAGGACAACCGUCUUCGCAACGGAGUUUGAAUAGAUACGCGAGCCAGCCUGGGAUGGAUUCUGCUUAUAGGCAGGGAGGGAGUGAGAGAGCUCGUCCACCUCUAUCACCAGGUAUGGUUUCCAAUUCGGAUGGUCCUUUCCCAUCUUUUGGGGGAUCAAUGAAGCGUCGCGAUCCAGUGCCGCCUGGAACUCUACCCAUAGACGACUCGAUGUUUGCAAUGCACUUGACCGACGAUGGCCAUCCACCGCCUCAAAUGCGACAGCGCGGUCCUCCCCCACCUGGAAGUGGGGGAGUGAUGCCUAGGUCGCAGACUAUGUCGGAUAGAGUGGGUGGGGGGAGGCGACUCCCUGGAUAUCAGGGAGGAGGAGGGUCAGGUUAUCAUGGACCCCUGCCCCCGGGAAUGAGGGGACCUCCCCUGCCUGGGAUGAGAGGGCCACCACCGGUGCAUCAGAGAAUGCCGCCUCCGCGCGGGAACAUGCCAAUGCCGAUGGCGAGUAGAGGAGCUCCACCUGGUAGUCUGCCGCCGCCUGGGCGGAGCACAGGCCACUACGAGCAGGGAUGGGUGGAGACGUAUCCAUCACAGAAUGGGCAUUAUGAGGAAGUGCCACCCCCGGACCCUGGUUUUGGACCACCGCAGAGAAGUAUGACCAUGCCUGCGAAUACGCAGCGCCCACUACCACAGCAGGUGCCCCCCCAAGCAGAGUCACAGUAUACAGCAUAUAACCCUCAGCGACAUGCGAGUGCAGUGAACUUUUCGAGUCCUCGGGCGUAUCCUCCGCGACCAGCGUAUGAGGAAUAUCUGACGCAGGGACCAAAUGACCCAUAUAAUAGGGGGAGUGUUGGCUUGAUAUUGGAUGCUUAUUAUGACACUGAUUACACUGAGGGAGGUUAUGAUCAACAGCAUCCAGCAAGCGCAUAUCAUGAGGAACCGGCGCAAUAUGGGGGGAAUGAUACCUCUUCCGGGUAUCAGGGGCCAGCUUAUCAGGAGGGUUACACGAAUGAGCCUCGAGAUUUCGCUCAACAGGCCUAUCGUAGUAGAUCACAGCCCGAUUUGCGCGGCGAAUCUAGUGCAGCGGCUGGGCCCCCACCGCCCCUACCUGCUGGUGGAUAUAGCGAGGCCAAUGGAAAUCCACACAACCCUGGGCCGUAUGACGGCGCUGUUGAGAUGCCGGGAGAUAUGCCGGAGGACCCUCCGCCAGUGUUGACAGCGAACGGGUUUCCCCCUCCCCCUCCUCAGCCCAAUAUCCCAGUGGCUCUAAGAGUUGGAUCGCCCGUGCCAUCACAGCAAAUGCGAGGAUCAUCGCCUCCAAAGCAAAUGCCACCACCCCAGAAUCAGUAUCCUCCAAGGACCCAGUCCACACAGUCGAGCGCGGUGGGCGACUCACUUCCCCACCACACCGCGCCGCCUCCUAACGUAGUUUCAGAUACGUCUAGUCCCAGGUAUAGUGCGGAUUUCCUGCCAGCGCACCCUCCGCCAAUUCGUCCGGGGUUGAUGCAGGAUCAGUCUGGGUGGAAUAAUCAUCCUCCCCCUAUACGGCAGUAUUCACCCGACCGUGGCAGCACCAUAUCACGACAGCCCAUUCAACAACAACCAGGCCCCAUUACCCCAAUUGAGUUGAACCAACUGCAGCAGAACGCUAAGGCCAACCCGGGAGAUCAGAAGCUCCAAUUGAUGCUUGCGAAGAAGAUGGUCGAAGCGGCUUCAGUGCUUGCGAACGAGGGCGGCCGUGCGGAUGCUAGGACCGCCAAGAAGAAUCGGGAGAAUUAUAUAUUCGACGCACACAAGAUUGUCAAGAAAUUGUGCAAUUCGUCGCACCCAUAUCCCGACGCGAUGUUCUACCUAGCAGAAUGCUACUGGGAGGGCUUGCUUGGAUUGCAGGUUGACCACGAGCGCGCAUUCAACUUGUACCAAUCCUCGGCAAAGCUAAAUCAUGGACCAUCGGCUUAUCGCACUGCUGUUUGCUGCGAGCUCGGCGCGGGAGUGCGGAAAGACCCGCUCAAGUCAAUAACUUGGUACAAGAAGGCAGCCGCACUUGGGGAUACCGCCGCCAUGUACAAGCUUGGCAUGAUUCAGCUGAAAGGACUACUGGGCCAGACCAAGAACGCUCGAGAUGCCAUCAACUGGCUGAAGAGGGCUGCCGAUCAAGCGGAUGAGAACAAUCCCCAUGCUCUCCACCAGCUUGGCCUAAUCUAUGAAUGUGAAUCCCACGACAACAUCAUCCCCGAUGCCUCCUACUCCCGCGAACUCUUUAUGAAGGCUGCGGAGCUCAACUACCCACCUUCACAAUUCCGUAUCGGCUGUGCCUUUGAGUAUGGCACCAUGGGUUGCCCGAUCGAUCCUCGCUUAAGCAUAUUUUGGUACAGCCGCGCGGCAGCGCAAAACGAGGAAGAGAGUGCGCUCGCCCUGAGCGGGUGGUAUCUCACCGGCGCUGACGGUGUGAUCAAGCAAUCCGACACUGAGGCGUAUCUAUGGGCGCGCAAGGCGGCCGAGAAGGGACUGGGAAACGCGGAGUACGCUCUCGGCUACUACACCGAAGUCGGCAUCGGCGUAGUGGCAAACUUGGAUGAGGCGAAGAAGUGGUAUUAUAAAGCUGCUAACCGGAACCACGAAAAAGCCCGCCAGCGCCUGAACGAACUCAAGAAGGGUGGCGCAGCGGUGCAAAAGUCCCGGGAGAAGUUAUCUAGGUUGCACGUUAAGAAGAAUAAGGAUGACGGGGAGUGCGUUAUUAUGUAGAUUAUCUCGUCUCUGCCUUUGCCGGGCCUAGCUGUAGCAAUGCCGUCCUUGUCGGGGUGGGAUGGAGUCUGUUUAGUUUGGUUUGGGAAUUUCUAACCCCCUUGCCUCACUUCUACCUAUUCUUUGGAUGAAUUACGGCGCUGUAUUGGGGGUAUCCUGGGCUGAGUUUGAUGGUCACUUGCUGCAGGCAGUUUGGUGGGUAGACGGUGAGGGGUAUAGGGGGGGGGUUGAGCUAAUGUAUGAGUAUCAAAGGAGAAGGCUGGGGUGUGUAAUGCAUGGGAUGAGAUAAGGCGUGUAUCAAUGAGAAACCUUUUGUUCA